AUGGCAGACGAUGAAGGCGUGGUUACAGAGCCCCUGGAUCUAGUAAAGCUUUCACUUGAUGAAAGAAUCCUCGUCAAGAUGCGUGGAGACAGAGAAUUGCGUGGAAAGCUGCAUGCAUAUGAUCAACACAUGAAUCUCGUUAUGGGAGAUGUCGAGGAAACAAUAACUAUAGUGGAUGUGGAUCCAUCGACACAGAAUCAAUCUCUAACAACCGUGAAGAAAGAGCAUGAUAUGCUAUUUGUGCGAGGAGACUCUGUGAUUCUAGUAGCGCCGCCUGUGAGAGGUUGA